AUGAGAAUUAAGGUGGAAGAAUCUGCAUUCGGAUUGAUUCGAAACUCAACUACAGAGUUGUUGAUUAGCUAAUACCAGAAUAAAUCCUAGAAUAGCAGUGUGAACUACAACUAUAUAUGGAAUAUUCACCUGAUGGCCUCUCUCCAUAUUGAAAAUUUCAUUAUUUGUGGUUAAUUGAAUAAUUAUUCUAACCCAUUCCCUCAUCUUUACUACUUAAACCUCUAAUAUGCUUCAACCUUCUAGAGAAAUACAUAGCCUCCAUUUAUUUUAGACUACAUCUUUACAUCUUUCAGGUUCAACUUCACCAUCGAAACAAUUCCCUGCUAAAAUGAAUCUGAAAAUUCUAUACUUCUAGCUAACAUACAAAUUACUAAUCAAUUAGAUAUCUCUUACAAACUAUCAAAUACCUAGAAAAGACUUGAGCCUCGUGUUAUGUUAUAUGGCUACAAUCUAGAGAAUAGGUUGUAAGAGCAAAUAAAAAAGUAAAUAAAAAAUUUCCUUUAUUCCACAAAAUCUGGUUAGCCUUAAGUCAAAGAGCAAGAUAACUCAGAAUACUUAAGUCUUUCACCACCGAAAUUGACCAUAAUCUGCUCUCAAAUUACUCCAAACAAUCCUAAAAUCUGA